CAUUUAUUUCUGUUCUGUUGAGUUGCAGGAACGCGUUCUUUUCUACUUUCCGUUCGAUUUUAUUUCCUUAUUAUUAUUAUUAUUAUCGUUAUUGUUAUUACGAAUUAGUUGCACGUUUCGGUUCGGUUAUGUUCUGUUCUGUUUAGUUUAGUUCGGUUUCUCCUUUUUCCAACAGUCACGGCAACAAAUUAAAUUUCAACAAUUUAAUUAUAAUCCCUCCAAUUAACUAAAUCUCUUUGCCUUCCUUUCGGUUGUCGCUUUGUUUUGGUUGUGCUUUCUUCCAAUUCGGAUUCUGUUCGGUUUUUGUCUCGGUUAUUAUUAAAAUAAAUAUACUCGCGUAAAACCAAACAUCCAUCCCACCCUGAAAAUUGUUUCGUAAUCGCACUGAAAUCGAAAUCGAGAAAACAGCAACAAGUUUUCCACGAUCUGAGAGCAGAUCCAUCCAACGUCCAGCCCAACGGGAAGAAAAGUAAACUUUCGGGCACACAAGCAACCCAAACGUACCCAUACGUAUACGUGUUAUACGCGCUCCUAACUAGGCUAUAGAAUACGCCUGAGAUCGGUCCACAGGCAGAAAUACUUUUGUGUUCCAUUUCGGUUGAUCCACCCUGCGUGCGCCUCAGGAAAGGGAUCCCCCUGCAGUAUUAUCUCAAGAUCAACUCUAUAAACGCCUCCUCCUCCCUUUAUUACUGUCUCGUGAACAAGUUUUUCGCAAAAAAGAAAGCACAGACACAACAUGGUCGAGGGUCAGACAGCCGUGCAACAGCAGCCCCAACAGCAGCCACCUGCUGGAGCUGCCAGCAACACUGCCAGCAGCAGCACCGCAAUCUCCGCCACAGGAACAGGCACAGGCGUAGGAUCUACAGGAUCUACGGGAAAUGUGACGACCAACAGCCAGGCGCAGAUAAACGGAGGUACAGCCUCGACAUCGCCUGCAGCAGCCGGAUCUGGUUCGGGUUCUGGAUCGACGACAACCGGAUCGAAUGCCAGUGGCCAGGCAUCCAAUGCCAACAAUUCAACAGCGAAUAACAACAACAACAACAACACUGCUAACAACAAUAAUAACAACAACAACGAACCAGAUCCAAAAACUAAUCUGAUUGUAAACUACUUGCCACAGACAAUGUCCCAGGAUGAGAUACGUUCGCUGUUCGUUAGCUUCGGAGAGGUGGAGAGCUGCAAGUUGAUACGCGACAAGGUGACAGGCCAGAGCCUGGGCUAUGGCUUCGUGAACUACGUGAAGCAGGAGGAUGCCGAAAAGGCCAUCAAUGCACUAAAUGGUCUGCGGCUGCAGAACAAAACCAUCAAGGUUUCCAUUGCCCGGCCCAGCUCGGAGAGCAUUAAAGGCGCCAAUCUCUAUGUAUCGGGUCUUCCAAAGAAUAUGACACAGUCGGACCUCGAAUCAUUGUUCAGUCCUUACGGCAAGAUCAUCACUUCGCGCAUACUUUGUGAUAAUAUCACCGGUCUCUCCAAGGGCGUUGGCUUUAUACGCUUCGAUCAGCGCUUUGAGGCCGAUCGGGCCAUUAAGGAGCUGAACGGCACCACUCCGAAGAACUCCACCGAACCGAUAACCGUCAAGUUUGCUAACAAUCCCAGCAGCAACAAGAACAGUAUGCAGCCACUGGCCGCCUACAUAGCGCCACAGAACACCCGAGGCGGUCGGGCAUUCCCCACGAAUGCCGCUGCCGGAGCUGCAGCCGCAGCAGCAGCCGCUGCCAUACAUCCCAACGCGGGCCGUUACAGCUCGGUUAUCUCUCGAUACUCGCCGCUUACCAGCGAUCUGAUCACCAAUGGGAUGAUUCAGGGCAACACCAUUGCCAGCUCCGGCUGGUGCAUUUUCGUCUACAAUCUGGCCCCCGAGACCGAGGAGAAUGUGCUGUGGCAGCUGUUUGGGCCCUUCGGGGCCGUGCAGUCGGUCAAGGUGAUUCGCGAUCUGCAGAGCAACAAGUGCAAGGGCUUCGGGUUCGUCACGAUGACCAACUACGAGGAGGCGGUGCUGGCCAUACAGUCGCUCAAUGGCUACACGCUGGGCAACCGGGUGCUCCAGGUCAGCUUCAAGACCAACAAGAACAAGCAAACGUAAUUACUAUCCAAGUUGGCUGCUGUUGUCAAUGCCAAUGCGGCGGCGGCGGCCUUGGCGGCCAAUGGUCUGGUGCUCCACAACCAUCGUCAGAACAAUCAGAACAACAUCAGUAGUAGCAUCAGUACUUCGAACAAUCCACAUGGCAAAUAUGCUAACCACAACAACAGCAGUAGCAACAACAGACAGCACAACACCAACAACAACAGCCACAGCAGUAGCAGCAGCAACACGAGCAAACAGCAGCAGCAACAGCAGAGGCUCCAAUCAACAACACAAAGCAACAAGCAACAAUCAAUGCCGCCACCUAAGAGAUCAUCAAACAACACCUCAUCAGUCGCAGUGUCCAAAGGCGAUGCUGGAAGCAGCACUGGCAAUGGCGCUGCAGCCUCCUCCUCCUCGGCUUCGUCGUCGAGCAACAUUUUGAAAACAUCCACAAAAUUCAUUUACAACAAGCCACAAAAUCAAUUUGAGUUGCUCCAGCAACAGCUGCAACUGCAGCAGGAAUUCGCCCAGUUCCUGACAAACGUGGCCAGCAGUGCAGUAGGAUCAGGAUCCAGCAGUGCAGCCAACACAUCAGCAGGAACAGGAGGCUCUGUGGGUAGCCAUGGAAGCCAGCGGAACGGAUUAGGAGGAGGAGGAGGAGCCCUGGGAAUGGGCAUGGGCAUGGGACUGGGACUGGGAAUGGCAGCCAAUGGAUCGUCGUCAGGAGCUGGCUCUGGGAACAAAAACAUGCCCUCCUGGUCGAAUUGGUUCUUUUAAAGAUCCCCGUUACUACUCAUUAUUUUUUCUUUUAUUUACUCGAUUCAACCUCUUAUGAAUUAAUUGAUUUCUCAAUUUGUUAGGCCCAUUUAGCUUCAUUUACUUCAAAUUACUUUGUAAGCUGGCCAAGAGGCAACAUUUGGUGACUCAAGCCGAGGCGAUUAUUUUUUCAUUUUGAUAGCUUAAAUCCAAAGCAUCAGGCUAAGCAAAUCCUAGUUUAAGUUGAUUACGUUUCGAUGAAUUAUGAAUUCGUUUUUCGUUUUGUAUCACAUCCUCCACACAUCAAUUGUUUAACUUAAAUCGAGGCGCAUAUCAAUCGGGCCCGUGAUUGAAUAAGUACUACAAAAUAAGUGCAACUGUACCCUUAUAUUUUAUUCGUUAAUGCACUUUUAAAGAAACAUCUAUCUAGUCGGCACUAGCGGACAGAAUGGCUUCCAGAAGGGAAUAAACUGAGAAACUGAGAAACGGAGAUAAGUAAAGCUGUAGUUAAGUUUUUGUUUGGGAUGUACUCCACUCUACUCUACUCUACUCUACACAUAUUUUUAAACAGAGCAGAUAAUUAUGAGAGGAGCAUUUUGAUGGCAAUGAAGCCCACAAUCCACCAAAGAAUGAGAAACAAACAUGACAAAUAUUUAAGCUAUAAAUAACUGUAUAAAUGAGAUACGAAAACAGAACUGAAUGCGUAAACAGAUACAAGUGUAGAGGCGUUUGGUUUGGCAUAUAGUCAGACCAGGCCGUUUUGCUAAUAGACAAAGCAGAGCAGAGAAUGAGAGGGAAAGCUAGAUACAAGAUACAAGAAGAAUACGAGAAGCAACCAAACAAGACAUGCAUAUGUUUAUGUUUUAUAUUAAAUGUAUAACUUUUUCUAAAAUAAACGAUGUAUGCAUAAUAUACCCACAUAUAGUCGAACCCUUUAUUCUAUCCCCAUACCCCAUUCCCCAUUCGCCAUCCACCAUCCACCAUCCCCCAUUCCAUAACAACAUAUGUUCGAACCCCAAAAACUAAUCUUCUCCUCGUCAUAAAGUCAUACUGCCCCAUCCCUGCCCUGACUCUCUGGUGUCAUGUCAGCACAGAAUGCAUCUAAACAUACAUAAAAUGGCAGCAAGAGCUAAUGAGAAUUUUUCGAAUACAACGAAUAAAUGUUUAAGAAAAAUCGAAAACAGCAAAACGGGCAAACGCAAAACGGAUAACAGAUAACAGAUAACAAACAGAUAGUAUAACACGAUACAAGCAAAGUGAGACCAUAAUAGUACUAACCUAAUCAACGAUUGUAAAGCUAAAACAAAGCCAGCUACAAAAUCGAAGCACGCCAUUCCAAAACGAAGCUAAAAAUGUAACUUUAGACAAAGAUCAGAACAGUCCCUCCCUAGACAAGCAAGCAUAGAAGAAGUGAAAUGAAAUUAAAUGGAAAUGAGUAAAUGAGUAAAUGAAAACCAGAGCGAGAGUACGUAACGUAACUUAGAUUGAAAAAACGCGUUUCAGCAUAACGAAUUUGUUUUAACCCAACUCAACAGCAAUAUCAAAAGCGCAUACAAAACAGACAAAGAGAAAGAUACAAGAAAUUAAUGAACAAGUUAAACAAAUUGCCAAACUAAAUAUAAUACAUUUUUAAAUACGAAAAUGAAAGGCUGGGAUGGAUACCAGAUCGGGGCUCGAUCUGACAGAGAGAUAAUGUUUCCGAGAGUCGAGAUAGCGAUCGGGGAAGUGUAUGGAAGGAAGAUCGAUAAAAUUAAAUCAUGGUGCUUGACAGAUUUCCUUGCAAAGCUACAAAUGAAAAUGUGUCCCUAACGAAUUCAAAAAGCAGAAAACCUUUAAAAAAAAUAUGAAUUUAGUUGUAGAAAUAACAAAAAAAAAACAAAAAAGGACACUUCUAUUGAGAAGAAAAGAACUAAAUGGCUUGGGAAAGGUAGGAGAUCAUUUACUAUUUAUUGGUAUUUAUAAUUUGAAUCUUAUGAUUAUGAUUAUGAUUUGUAUCCCUCGGUUCCCUUGCCUCGUAAA